AUGAAGAGGGCGCUGCUGCGCUUUGCCUACUACUUCUGCAACGGUCCCUUCCGCAUGCAGUGGAUUCGCAACGGCUACGACCCACGCACCAACCCCGACAACAGGAAAUACCAAAUGUUAGAUUUCCGAGUGCCAGCCUCAUGGGGGCUGCGAAUCACGCCAGCCAUGGCGCGCACCACCACAUGGCCUGACAUCUGUGCGCUGCGCUCCCUGCCCAACCGCCGCACGCUCUUCCUCACGCUCUGCGACCUCUCGCUGCCGCUCGUGCAAGAGACUCUCGCAGCACUGCCUGAGAGGCAAACAUGUGAUCCCACGUCGGGGUUCUUCCACAAGCAGACUCUAGCGCGCAUGCGAGACGCAGUGCGCCUGGCGUUCUACCGCCUGCUGCCCAACCGCCACGAGCUCUCGCUCUUCUACCCGCGCGUGCGCAACACGCGCGGCUACUCCGUGCGCAAACCCGUCAAGCUGCCCCCCGGAGAGCUCAGCCUGCCCGAAGAAGACGCGUACCUGACCGGGGAGAGGAAAGGAAGCGUCUGGAGGAAGCCGGAGAGUGGGGGGUUGGGUGGAGGGGAGGGAGGGGGGAAGGGAGGAAGGGAGGGAGGGGGAAAGGGAGGUGGGGAAGGGGGGGGAGGAGGGGAGGGGAAGGGAGUGGGGAACGUGAGUGGGGGGGGAGAGGAAGGGCGUGCGGGAGGGGAACUGGGAGGCGAGGAGGAAACGGGAGAGGGUUUGGUAGGGCGAUGGGAGUCAGGUGGGGGGGAGGUAGGUGGGGAGGAGGAUGCAGGAGAUGGGGGUAGGCAUGGUGGUGUGGGAUGGGGGGCUGGGGGUGAUAGCUUGGGAAGCAAAGGCUAUGGAGAGGGGGGUGCAGAAGGGGGAGUGGAGAGGGAGAACCGAGGAGAUGGGGAAGGAGGGAGGGAGGGUGUGGAAGGGGUGGGGCGGGGUGGGGAUGUGCAUGAGUGGGUGGAGCGAGAGGAGGAGAUGCAGGAGGAGGAUACAGAAGGGGGGCCUCUUUUGGCAAUGUAUGGGGGGGAUGUGGGGGAGGAGGAUAGGGGGGAGGAGGGAGAGGAGGGCAGGGAGGACGGGAGAAAGGAGGAUAGGGAGGAGGAUAGAGAGGACGGUAGAGAGGGAGAGGAAAGGGGGGGUUUGUUUGUGGAUGAUGGUGAAGGAGAGGGUGCCACAAUGGGGGACGAUGUGUGGGCAAUGGGUGAGGAGGAAGGAGGGGAUGGAGAGGGACGAGGGAGAGGAGGUGGGCAAGCAGGGGAAGGAGAGGAAAGAGGGGAAGAGGAGGACGAGGAGGACGAGGAGAAUGAGAUGGUGAUGGGGGAAGAGGAGGAGGAUGGGGAGUACAGUGGAAGGCAAGCAGAUGAGACCACCCAAACAGAGGAAAGAGGUGAAGGGCACUUGCAUUUGCACUCGCACACGGACACACACACACACAUGCACACGCAUGGGAAUUACCUUCAUACGCUACUGGGGCACCUGUCGCCACUCACUGCUGAUGCAGACUUCACCGCACCUCACCCAUCACAACCGUCACUCGCAGAGCCUACAGGUACCCUAGGGCAAAUAAUAGCUGGUGCUGCGCUUCAGGGAGCGUUGGGGGCAUUGGGGGGGCUGGGUGGGUUGGGGGGAUUGCAGGAAGAUGGGACGCAGGAGGACGGUGGUGGACAGGAGGACACGGGUAUGUUCGCAUUCUAUGGGGACGAGGAGGAUGAGGACGAAGAUGACCGGCAGGAGGAUCGGCAAAUUGAUUGUAUUGGAGAGGAGAACAGGUGGGGAGCAGCAGGCAUGGGGCAGCAGCACGACUACCAGUACAAGCACUUUAAAGCCACGGUGCCGGAGCGCCAGAUCUCCGUCGGUGUCGGAAACCAGCUGCGCUGGCGCUACUACGACUUCGGCCCCAAGGCGAUCCCGCCGCUACUGUGUCUGGGUGGCGUGGCGGCGACCGCGGACGCCUUCCACAAGCAGGUGCUCGCGCUCGCCGCCAAGGGCUUCCGCGUGAUCGCCGCGGACCCCCCGCCCGUGUGGUCGCACCAGCAGUGGAUUAAAGCCGUCGACCAAUUUCUAGACGCGCUCCGGGUGCACCAGGUGCAUCUAUAUGGCACGUCACUGGGCGGGUUUCUGUUCCAGCUGUACGCGCAGCAGCGGCCGCGGCGGGUGCUAUCACUCGUGCUCUCCAACUCGUUCUUCGACACGCACUUCUUCAACGUUGCCUUCGGCUCCUGGUCCUCCAUGUUCCCCUACUCGCCCGAUUUCGUGCUGAAGCGUCUGGUGCUCUCAGGCCUGAGGGACGGCCCGCACGAGCCACUGAUAGCGGACUCUAUCGACUUUGUUGUCUCGCGCCUGGAUUCUCUCUCUCGCUCUGAGCUCGCUUCGCGCCUCACUCUCAACACGCUGCCCGCUGUGCUGCCGCUGCUGCAGCAGAUGCCGGAGCAGAGCAUGACUCUCAUGGACUGCAAUGACUUUGCUGCUGUCGCCUGGCAACUGCGGGACGCGCUGUACACGCGCUACCCCAACGCCACGCGUGCCUUCCUCAAGAGCGGCGGCGACUUUCCCUUCCUCUCGCGAGCCGAUGAGGCUCUUCCAGGUACAGGCAUUGGAGCAGGAUUGGGAGGGGGAGGCGUAGGGGAGGCAGUGAGAGGGGUGAGUGGCAGUAGCAGUGAUGUAACUGCAGGGGAGGAUGAUGGGGAGGAGGCAACCAGUGCUGCAGCACAGGCACUGGAAGGGACGGAAGGGGAGGUGCUUUCCAGGGAAGGUACCACUGGGGGUCCCCUUGCAGGGGGGGCAGAGGAGAGGGGCGUGAGGGAGGAGGAGGCGGGGGGAGAGGCGGGCCAGGGGAAUGAGAGUGAGGAGGAGGAGGAAGAGGAGGAGUCAGAUGCCGCGCAGUUUCGGAGCCAGGCGAGUAACUGGCUACGGUUUGUGGAACCGGAACAUUACGGGGAGGAGGAGGAGGGGGGGAGCAGGGCAGAGGAAGAGGAGGGAGAAGAGAAGGGGGAGGGAGUGGAGGAGGUGUCGGAAGGUGUGGAGCGGUUAGCAGUAGGGGACAGCCCGUUGGGUUGA